GCUCCCGUCCCCACGCGUGAGCGUCCCCCGGCGGUGCCCUCCUGUGCCACGCCGCGCUGUGUCCUGCCCGACGCUGUGGGCUUCCCCCAGCAGUGCCCUCCUCCCGCCAUUUAGCGCUCCGCACUGUGCCUGCCCGGCACAGCCCACGUCCGUCACCGUGACCUUGCCCUCCCACCCUGUGCGUGCUUGUUUGUCUUUCCAGCCCAGCUCAUCGCCGGCCCGUCACCGGGUGUUGACUCUGUUCAUUCCUCCCCAGCCAGGCCGGUCACUGCCAGUCAUUGCCUGGGGCUGGCAUGCUGCCGUCCCCCCUUCGGGGCUGCUGCGCUGGGCUUCGGCUACUGAUAACUUUGGGGACUUACCGUGAGGAACUGGGAGAGGUGACCCUGGGUGACUGGCACCGCUCGGGGACGGGGGGGUGUGGAUUAAUGUUGACCCCGGCUUGGGCUGGGGAUAAAAGCAUCAAGGUCUGCCCAGGUCUCAGUCUGUCUUGGCUCCCCCCAGGCAGCUCUGGGACCUUUUCUGCACUGGCCAGCAUCAUGGCACCGGGGUGGUCCUGCUGGGUCCUCCUGCUGCUUCUGCCCAGCCUGGCCCGUGCUGGGGGGCCCGGCCCCGUCCUCGUCAACCGCCCCUUCGUCACUGUCUGGAACAUCCCCACUGAGCGCUGCGCCAAGAGGUACAAUGUCACCCUCAACCUGGAGAUCUUUGAUGUGUUGGCCAACAACCAGCAGUCCUUUAUUGGGCAGGACAUCACGCUCUUCUACAGCGAGAAGCUGGGGCUCCUCCCCUACUACACAUCUGAGGGGCUGCCAGUGAACGGGGGGCUCCCCCAAAAUGCCAGCCUGCAGGCCCACGUCCAGCAGGCCACCCAGGACAUCAAGGUCACCCUGCCCAGCCCUGCCUAUGGCGGGCUGGCUGUCAUUGACUGGGAGAAGUGGCGCCCGCUGUGGAUCCGCAACUGGGCCUCCAUGGACAUCUACAGGCAGAAGUCGGAGGAGCUGGUGCGGCAGCAGCACCCACAGUGGCCCCCUGAGCGGGUGAUCCAGACGGCCAAGCAGCAGUUUGAGCAGAGCGCCCGCAACUUCAUGGAGCAGACCCUGCAGCUGGGUGAGACCCUCCGUCCCGACGGCUACUGGGGUUUCUAUGGCUUCCCCAACUGCUACAACAACAACUUUAACAGCCUGCCCUACACUGGGAAGUGCCCGGAGGUGGAGCAGCAGAGGAACAAGGAGCUGUGGUGGCUCUGGGAGAGCAGCCGGGCUCUCUACCCCAGCAUCUACCUGCCUCCCUCCUUCAACGGCACCAACAAGGCACUUGCCUAUGUCCGACACCGCGUGGCUGAGGCUUUUGCUGUCCAGCGCGGUGUCCUCAGCAGCGGCAUCCCCGUCCUGCCCUACUCCCAGAUCGCCUUUGACUGCACCGUUGAUUUCCUCUCCCAGGAGGACCUGAUGAACACCAUUGGAGAGAGCGCGGCUCAGGGUGCCGCCGGCAUCAUCCUCUGGGGCAGCCUCAACUACAGCAGUUCCAAGGAGAUGUGCCUGAGGCUGAAGGACUACGUGGAGGGGCCCCUGGGCCACUACAUCGUCAACGUGACGGCCAGCGCCGAUCUGUGCAGCCAGAGCCUGUGCUCUGGCCACGGCCGCUGCGUGCGCCAGGAGAACAAGCAGGGCUUCCUCCACCUCGACCCCUUCCGCUUCGCCAUCGACCUGCAAGCUGGCAAACCCUGGCUGGUGGCCCAGAGCCUGGAGUCCAGUGACGACAUCACCCGGCUGGCCAAGGAGUUCAGAUGCCAGUGCUAUGACAAGUGGCAGGGACCCCACUGCGACACCCAGGGCUUCACUGAGUGACUCUCCCCCCCCGCCACGCUAGGGACACCGGGGUGGGCAGGGUGACACUGCCCUGUGCCCCAGUACCCUGGCUGGGGGGUUGGGAACCCAAUCACAGGGCUGCUAAUAA